UUUGUUGUGUUUGUUCUUGCAGGCUACUUCAGCGUGUUAGCCGUGGUGCUGAGGACAAGCAAUGACUCACCGUGGACGGACGAGUUUGAUAGGAUCGAGUUAUCGUGUUUGAUCGAGUCCAUUUCUACAAGCAAUCCCAGGAUCGAAUGGAAGAAGAUCACCAGCGAGGGGCCGAGUUACGUGUACUUCGACAAGAAGAUCUCAGGCGACCUGGAGAACCGGGCGACGAUCAGGGAGCCCGCCACCUUACUGAUAACCAACGCCACCAGGUCGGACACGGCUAAAUACCGCUGCGAGGUCACCGCUGCAGAUGACCAGAAGUCCUUCGACGAGAUCGUGAUCGACCUCGUCGUGAGAGUGAAACCGGUGGUGCCGAAAUGCAGCGUCCCGAAGUCGGUGCCGUUCGGGAAGUCGGCGGAGCUGAGCUGCGUGGAGGAGGAGGGCUUCCCCAAGUCUCAGUACCAGUGGUUCAAGAACCGGGAGGAGAUCCCCGACGACCCCAAGACCAGCCUCAAGUUCUUCAACUCCUCGUACACGCUCAGCGCCGAGACGGGGACGCUGAAGUUCAUCGCGGUGAGGAAAGAAGACGCCGGCGAGUAUUUCUGCCGGGCGAAGAACGACGCGGGAUACGCCGAGUGCGCGCCGCAGCAGAUGGAAGUCUACGACAUCGACGUGGUGGGCAUCGCGCUGGGCGUGCUGGUGGUGGUGGUGGUGCUGCUCUGCAUCACGGUGGGGAUCUGCUGCGCCUACAAGCAGGGCUACUUCUCCAGCCAGAAGCAGACGGGGAACAACUACAAGGUCCCGGCGAAAGGAGACGGCGUGGACUACGUGAGGACGGAGGACGAGGGGGAUUUCCGACACAAGUCUUCGUUUGUGAUCUGAGGAACGCCGAGGGGCCGCCGCGCCGCCUCCACGCCGCCGCAGCCCUGAGCUGGGAGUCUCAGCACGACUGACAUCCGACACUCACCGUUUGCCAAAGCUGCCGGACCUCGCAGGACGGACCCAGAACCACCGACGGGCGGCUCCAGUCCUUAUUUUAGCGUUGUUGCAUGGUUUUAAACACUCGCCGGUUUGGGGGGGAGGGGGUCGGGGGUCGGGGGUCGGCCUCCUCCCGUCAUCACACCUUUCUACUGUCCACAUCUCGCUUCAGACCUUCUCUCAUUUCUACAUUUCUUUUCUACUGUUGAAAUUUGUCAGACUAUUUUUGAUGGAAUAUAUUUUAAAAAUUGCCUAUAGAUAAAGGUUUACUUUUUUAAAUAUUUGUAAAAUACUAACAUGUGUUGUUUUUUUUUUUCCUUUUUUUAUCAUUAUUAUUAUUAUUAUUAUUAUUAUUUGGUUGUGGAUAAAAUUGUGUAACACUUUUAACCACUCUGCUGGAAGCAUUUACCACCUCUGCGAUCGGGCGAACAUUAAAAAAGGGGGUAUCAUAUGGAGACGGGCGGUCGUACCUGUGGAGUACCUGCGCUUUCCGUUGUGACGGCCUUCCAUGUUGGUGUGUGUAGAUAGUCUUAGUACGAGGCUUUGAAGAGUGCCAGUCUAAUGCUGUGAACCGCUGACCUCCAGCGUCAGCGCUGCGUUGUUUCCUUCAGUUCAAGUGUCCUUCUCUUCUCUUCUCUUCUCUUCUCUUCUCUUCUCUUCUCUUCUCUUCUCUUCUCUUCUCUUCUCUUCUCUUCAUCUUGUACAUAUUGAAGUUGCCGUCGGGAGUUUUUUGCUGUCGUUCAGUAUGACGCUAUCAUGGUAAAUAGUAGUGAUAAUACAGGGUGCGUGGCUAAAACCUCCCAGACCCGGAGGAGGCAGAUGGCCGGUGGGGGGGGGGGGGGGGGGGAUCCAACGUGAGGCCCGCGGGCCACAGUGGCCCCUCAGAGGCUUCGCUGUGGCCGGCCGGAUCAGUUCACAGUGCAAAGUUCAACUUUUCAGGACUUGAAGGCGUUUCUUCAUGCAUGCUACGUCUGCAGAAAGAGCAGAAUGUCAAGAUCACUUUCUAAAUUUAAACACUUUUAGCUGCAUAUUUAGUUAAGUCCAGCUUCUUUAAAACCAAUCACAUUUUAAUAAUCUGUUUUAUUAUUAUGGGUUCAGUUCACUCAAAACUUUAAGCAACUUUAAAUUUUAUUUGAAAAAAUUUCAAGUUUCUGCAACUCACUUUGUCUUUGUUUUUUUACAUUGUAACAUAAUUCAUAUCAUCUCGGCUUCAUUCAAGGUUUAAAAGUUUAAGUUUGCACUCGAUAAAGUGAGUUUUUCUUUGUUUACGUGAGUCGGUCUCCAUGUUCUCGCUCUGAGGAGAUCCUCCGGGUCUGGAAGGCCGGAAACACUUGUUCUGAUUGUAAAUAGUUCUGAUUUUUUUUUUCUUUCUCUCUUCCUCUCUAAAGAUCAUGUAAAGUGGUGAAACUGGAGGGAAAUCCUUCGUGAGGCGAUAUGAAACUCUUUCCAUGUGUCAGACUGAACCGAGGAAACGGAGUCAGCGGCGGUUUGUGUUGGAGCCACAGCGAGGAGAAAGCUGGACGUCUGGAGUUUAAGAUCUAAAAGACAAGAAAAGAAACGUCCGACUUAUUUUACUUUGGAGGUUUCUUUAGUUUGACUUUAGCCUCAAUAUGUCAAAUUCUCAGUGAAACUGUCUUUAAAAGUCAUUUUCAACAUUUUUAAAUGAUUUUCCACAUUUGGAAAAAAAAAUAAUUUCAAUAUUUCAACAGAAUCCUGAAAACAUUUUUAGAAAGAUGGCCAAAUUAUUGGAAAAAUGUAAAAUAAUUUCACAUCAAGAUUAAUAUAGACACCACAACAUUUCUAAAUCUACAAAACUUUGUCUACAUUUUGUCUCAAUUCUCAGUAUUUUAUCAUUCUUUAAAAGGAACACACCAACGCUUAAUUCAGCCUUUUUCUUAUUUUGAGCGAGUUGAUGGGUAUGAAGAGAAAAGCUGCUCCUCUUCCUCCUCCUCCUCCUCCUCCUCCUCCUCCUCCUCCUCCAGCUUGGUGGAUGUGGCUCCACCACUCCGACUCUGACUCCUCCAUCACCCGUUUGAAUGAAUCGUGACCGAAGCGGAGACGCCGCGUUGCGUCCGCUGUGAAGGGUUCCCGCCAGUCGGUCGUGGUAGAGACGAUCUGCCCGUCGUUUUGCACGCCAGCCGCCGGCGGCGUGAAUCUCCUCCUCGUCUGUACAAAGCUCAUUCCUCUUAAGUGCCUUCAGAGUCGUCCCGCUCCCCCGCCGCCGUGCCUCCGCCGCGCCGCCGGGGGCUCCGGGCUUUCCGCUCAUUCGACCACGAGCUCGGCGUUUGAGAGGAAUGAUGACUCAGCAAAUUUCCACUUCCCGUCUUUACAUAUCUGCAAAUGUGUAAAUAAUUUUUUUGUUUCUUUUGUUUUUCAUAGAUUUGAAGGUGUAGACAUGUUGAAGUAGCGAUGAAGUAUUAGUGCCUAUAUAUAGUGGGAAUUAUUUUUGGUAAAAGACACUUAGCACUAUUAGGCCAGAAAAAAAAAAAAAAAAAAAAAUCAAGAAGAAAAAAUUAUGGAGCCCAGAGCAGGAAGUGUGUGUGU